CCUCCCUCUUGUGUGCGACGCCCACGCUGAAGCCCUGGCAGCUAUAAAAGCUCCAGUCUGUGGAUGGGCCCAGACAGAUAAGUGAUCACACAGAGUGACUCCUCUGAGGACGGCCUUUAUUUCUGCUGCUCACACAGCAACUUUUUCAUAUCAGUAGUUUCCAUAGAAGCCCCUCUAUAUUUAAACUCUGCUUCAGCUUACGGGAAAAGAGACACCAGGCUGAAAAAAAAAGACGUCUGCAGCCAAUUUUUUUUUUCUUCUACACUUCCCCCAUGGAGAAGAGAGAGACAUUUUUGAAAUGACAGUGUUGCAGCAGUGACUGUGAAACGUUCUCAGAUUUGGUUCACCUCACCUACAAUCCCUGACGUCUGAGGCAGCCAUGGCCUCCCACAGGUCCACCAAAGGAGCGUCCAAAGCCCGGCGGGACCACAUCAAUCAUGAGAUCAGGAAUAUGCGGGCUCUGUUGCCCGUCAGGUCGGAGGAGCAGGAGGGUCUCUCCUACCUGCACUCCAUGGCAGCCAUCUGCACCUACAUCAGGAAGUCUGUGCUGCUGCAGGGGACGGCAGCAGCAGAGACAACCCAGUGUCCUCUUCCAUACGAAGCCUUCCUCCAAGCCCUGCACGGCUUCAUCCUGGUGACCACCAGCCACGGGAGGCUGGUCUAUGUGUCUGAAAAUGUGACUGAUUACCUUGGUCUGUCCAUGAUCGAUGUGCUUCAGGGAGACACCGUCUACGACAUGAUUGAACGCCAAGAUGUUGAUAUGGUGAGAUCAAACCUGGACAUCAACAACAACUCACCAUCAGAGAGAAGUUUUGUUUGUUGCAUGCAAACCUCCAAGGCCUUCAAGCAGCAACAAGGCAGCUGCUGCUCCGUACUGGUGAGAGGCACUUUCCACUCCUUCCCUCAACCGUGUCCUUCCACCUCCGCCGCCUCGUCCGUCCCUGGGCUGCUUUUUGUGGCGCUGUGCACCCCCACAGUGGACCGCCUCAGGAGCAGUGAGCAGCACCUCUGCCACAGCUUCAGCAGCGCCCACCAACUUGACAUGACCUUCGCUCACCUCUCAGAAAGUGUUGUAAACUAUUUGGGGUAUUCAGCCGCUGAAAUAACCGGCCAAUCGUGGUACAGUCUGAUCCACCCUGAAGACGUUUCCUCGGGCGCAGAAUCUCACAGGAGUUUACUGAACACAGAUAAGGGCUCUGAAGUAGAGAUGCUGCUCAGACUCCUGUGUAAGGAUCAGUCAUGGACCUGGCUUUACAUCCGAGCUAACAAGGAGCUGCAGGGCAUCAGCUGCAUUAACUACCUCAUCAGUGAAACAGAGGCCAGGUUUCUGCAGAACAAAAUUGGCAGUGAUGCCUGCAGGCCUCCAUCUCUGGCACAUUCCUGCAAUUUCCCAGCUCAACAGACUCCUCACACUCAGACCUACAAUAACAAUAAAUGUUUUAAAAGGCAGAGGACAUCAGAGAGCCAAAGCCAGGAGCCCCGUACCAGAGCCAGGAGGGACUCAGAGCAAGACGUUCACUACGUGUCCUGUGUCUACUCCCAGAGUGAGGGCUCACCUGUGUGUGGGGGUGAGAGUCUGGCUCUCUUCACCCCUCCUUACAGCCCGACCUCCUCCUCCGGUUCCCCCCUGCAGGAGGAGGAACUCAGCCAAGACCCCCUGAUGGAUGUGCAUGGAUACAGAGAUCAGCUCCCCUCCUCCCCCGAGGCUUCUCCCUCCUACUACUCCUACCCAGAGUCAGGGCUCACCUGUCACCAAACAAACCCUUUCUCACACUCUGAAGCCCCCGGCCACAGUUUUGUGCAGGAAUCCUUUAUUGCCCUCAGUACUCACCCCUCAAUCACCCUCUCACCCCCUACCUAUGAUUUCCAAUCAUACACACCAGACGCCCGAUUAGUUCCAGACUCCCAAUCUGCAUCUGACGUGUGUGAGGGCCCGCUGGACUGUGCCUUGCAUCAGGACGAGUUCAGCCUUCUUGUGCAGCCAGAGGGGGGCAGUGUCACCCAAGUACACCAGGUGCCCCAUCACGUACUGCCUGUUCAUUCCAGUCUCCUCACCCCCAACCAGUCUCCGACGUCCACAGAGACUCAGCCCUACAGUGAGAGGGAGCAGGAAGAGAUCAGUAUCCUGGCCCAGCAGAUUUCAUCUCUGGCCAGAAGCUUUGACAUGUAUCAGAGCCAGAGCUCGGGUCACACCGUGCCCUCUGACUCUGACUGGGACCCUCACCCUGCUCCUAAGUGUGACCUGGUCCUUGAUGACAAUGUGUUUGAGAGCAUCAUGAAAGACCUGGAGAUGGGUGUAAGCAAGAGCAGCAGCAGCAGCAUCAGCAUCAGCAGUGGGCCACGUUAUAACGUGGCCCAGGAGAAUCUCUGCUUCUCCGUGAACACGUCACAGCAGAGUGGACUGGACACACAGCAGUUUGAAGCUGUGGAGUCCUUUAGUCUACAAGUGGGACUUUAUGACCAAAACUCUGGGUUGCAUCAACUCAACCACUACAUGUAGAGAAGCCUUCAUCAAGAUGGACUUAACCGAGAUGUAAUACGUGAAACAAGUCUGUGACUUGCUCUACUACCAGAUGUAUGACAUAUUGUCAGGACAAUCCUUCCUGUUGGACUCACAGAAGACCAAUGUGAGCAGAGACACUUAGAGGACACCUUUGCUGAGACUCUUCUUUUCUUUCCCUCUUGAUGACUUAUAUCUGAAUGGAGAAGAGAAUCUUAAGUGGCUUGCGUUCUCUUCAAGGCUCCAGCUCCAUCUUCAUUCCUCGUCGCUGCUGUCGACUGUGUUUAAUGUCUUACAUUUUAUCUAAAAAGGUACUCUUUUAAACUGCCUGUCAACAAUGGCGUUCUGAAAUGAAGGUACAUUUCUCUCCUAACACUAAUGGAACACAGUUUUCUACUGAGCACUUUAUCAUGUUUGCCACAAGGGUUUUAUAAAUAGGAUGUGCAGUUUAAAGGACUAUUUCUUAGAAUUUGAAGCUACGCUGCUUCACAAAGAAAUGACUUGUUAACGGUGCCUUAAAACAUGAAGGAAAAACACUUAAGGGUGAAAUAUAUAUUUGACCUAUAACCAAACUAACCACUACCUCACUAGUAGAAUUAAAUACAUUCCAUGACCAAAGUUUGAGUUAGUUUGGGGUAAAUGUAUCUAUUAUUUUAGACUAAAUGAAUGUUACAGACUGUAAUAAACUUCAUUCAUUCCUUAUAAAAUACUUCACGGUACUAUAUUUAAGAUUGUUGGAUUUUGUAUUUUUUUUUCUGUAACUUUUUUUAUAUUUCAUAUUUUAAUAAAUGUGAUGAACAAACACUGUUGUUGCCAUUUUCUUUACUUCUACUUUACUACUUUACAUUGUCCCGUUCGGUGAUGACACAUUGAUUCAUCUGUUCUGUCAGAAUUCAAAGCUUUUAGAAUUUUAUUGAAAUAAUCAUGCAGGUGGAUUAUGAAUUAUUUGAUUUAUUUAUGUGACAUCCCUCUGGCAGCCAUGUUGGCAGUUGUUGUGUUGAUGAUGUCGGGUCUGUCUGUCUUCACUCUCUAAUUAGUUUCAUCACUCUCACCUGUGUCCUGUGACUCUCUGUUAAUCAGUGUCACUCCUUUCACCUGGUUCCUUAGGUUCCUGUCACUACUGUGGUUCCUCCAUUGUUCCUGUAUACCAG